AAUUUUGAGCCAUUGCUGCGGCUCAACGUGGUCGUCUGUGUCGGAGUGAGCUGCGAUCUCAGAAUUCGAUUUUUCGACGACGCGAAAGGGUUGAAAUUUUUUACCUCACCGCAUUAAUACAUCGGAGUCUGCGACAUCUGCUGCCUGCCUAUCUUUUCUUCACUCAGCGCUGCAAGGCGAGGUCAGUCGAACGUCGUCGAGUUUCAAGAUGCCUGCGUCGUACGGCUAUUUCAGCACCACAAAGAAAGGUGAGAUCUAUGAACUUCGCCAGGAUCUGAUAAGCAGCAAGGAAGAGAAGAAGAAAGAGGCCGUUAAGCAACUCAUCGCUUCAAUGGCAGUUGGCAAGGACAUGUCUUCUUUGUUUACGGAGGUCCUGAACUGUAUUCAGACCAGCAACCUGGAACUGAAAAAGCUCGUCUACCUCUAUAUUAUGAACUAUGCUAAACUGCAGCCCGAGCAGGCUAUCCUGGCCGUCAACACCUUCCAAAAGGACUCGAAUGACAAGAAUCCCCUCGUUCGCGCCCUGGCUAUCAGAACCAUGGCCUGCAUCCGCGUGAAGGAAGUUAUCGAGUACUUCUGCGAGCCCUUGGGGCGUGCUCUUUCUGACCCGGACCCCUAUGUGCUCAAGGAGGCCGCCCUUUGCGUGGCGAAGUUGUACGACAUCGACCCUGCGAUGGUCGAGGAGCAGGGCUUUCUGAACCAGCUGUAUGACCUGCUCGGACACUCGAACCCCAUGGUGAUCGUGAACGCGGUGACGGCGCUGUACAGCAUUAGCGAGGUGUCUGAAAAGCCGGUUCUCGUCGUCAAAAAAUCGCUCCUAUUCAAGCUGCUGUCUAUUUUCGACGAGUGUACCGAAUGGGGGCAAAUUUUCAUUUUCAGCGCCUUGACAAGCUAUGUGCCUCAGAGUUCCCUGGAGGCCAGCAACAUAUGCUCGCGCAUUUCGCUCCACCUGCAACACGCGAAUAGCGCGCUGGUGCUGGCGUGCUCCAGGGCGCUGUUGCACUUCAUGAACUUCAUCUACUCGUCGGACACCAACGCGAGUCUGUGCCAGAAGAUCGCGCCGCCGCUCGUGACGUUGCUGUCUAGGAAACCGGAAAUUCAGUACGUCGUGCUGAGAAACAUCAACCUGAUUACUCAGUUGUACCCGACCAUUUUUCAGAAUUCGUUGUCCAUAUUUUACUGCAAGUACAACGACUGCAGCUACGUGAAGGCAGAGAAGUUGGAAAUGCUGGUGUUAUUGGCGAACGAAGAGAACUACGAGCACAUCUUGCUGGAGCUCAAGGAAUACAUUCGGGAGGCCGACCUAAACUUCGUGAGCAAAUCUAUCGAGGUGAUAGGUCGAUGUGCGAUCAAGUUGAAGUGCGCGUUGAAGAAGGUGACUGAGCUGUUGGCGGGCUUGGUCAGGACAAAGGUGCCGCACAUCCUUCAGCACGUGGCAGUUGUGGUAAAGGACCUCUUGCGGAAGUAUCCCGGACGGCUCGACCAGAUAGUUUCUCUUCUUUGCGAGGAUAUGCACAUUUUCUCCGAGUUGGACGCGAAGACCAGCAUGAUAUGGAUGAUUGGAGAAUACGCGGACAAGAUCAGUCAGCCCUACGAGUGUCUGAAAUCGUUUGUCGACAAUUACCUAGACGAGCCGUCUCAGAUUCAGUUGCAGCUGCAGACGUCCAGCGUGAAGGUGUACUUGAAAUUGGCUGACAAGAUGCCGCAAACUCGGCAGUUGAUGCAGACUGUUUUGAACAUGGCGCUUCAAACGGAUCACCCCGACGUUCGAGAUCGCGCCUAUAUUUACUCCAGACUACUCUCUAUCGACGUCGAGGACAUGAGGCAGAUUGUGCUGGCCGAAAAGCCCUUGGUGGUCGAGGUCGUAGAAUACUUGACGCCUUACCAACUGAAGGAGCUGCUGCCCUAUAUUUCGAUGCUGGCAUCCGUCUACCACAAGCUGCCCACUAAGCCCGGUUUCAGGCACUGGAAUGCGAUGUACAACCAGCACGUCGACUCGGAGGCGGGUCUGAGUUCGACGAACAGAUUCGGAAUUGACACCUCUUUGGACAAAUUGAACAAGCUCAGCGGCACGCAGGAUCUGUACAUCAAGGAGACUUAUCGCGUUUUGGACUCCCCUGAUGAACUCGGCGUGAGAAUAGACGUAGGAUUCGUUCGCUCCGACAAGUCGAAGUUCUAUUUUUUGAUGAGCGUGACCAACUGCUUCGAUCAGGCUACGUACGGUCCAUUCUACGUCAAGUUCGCGCCAAACUAUGCAAGGCUAGUGCCCGUCGUGUCCGAAAUCAAGGGCGUCUUGCUCCCCUGCCAGACCUUGGACAUCGAAAUUCCCUGUUGCUACAACAACGAAAGCGCGCCGUUCUCAGACCACGUUCAAGUUUUUCUUGACUUGAACUUUCAUGUCGAAUUCGACGUGCCGCUGCCAAUCUAUUUGCUGUUCAAGGAACAGCUGUCCUGCAGUCCGAGCAAGUACCUCUUAAUGUGGGAGAACAUCCAAAACGAGAACGCGCAGGUCAUCGAGACGGCGCAGCUAUUUUCCCCGAACCCCAAGCACGUGGUUGCCCGCUUGCUCGCCUACAACCUAUCGAUGAUUAUAACGGUGACCGCGAAAAAUGGCUCGGUCAACCACUACAUGAUCGCUCAAAUAUGGGAUAAUUGCAAGUUUUUGUUCGAAUUUACCUUUUUCGAAAACUAUCUAAUCAUGACGCUGAAGUGCGACGAAACUUCUCUCAAACUGAAUCUAGAACAGGUGUUGUCUCAUAUGAACGACCUCCUCACGAAGCCCGGUAGGUCCCCACUCAGCCAGGCGGGGUGAUGGCGUUGACGAGGGAUGGGCAAAGGAAAUAAAAAAAAGCAGAAGUGUGUUGUUUUGAGUCCCGGAGGU